UAGUAUUUAUAUUUAAAAAUACAAUCGAAUUUAUACAAGAGAAUGAAAAUAUUUUUACAAGAUUUCUUUCAAAUGUAAAUUUAAAAUUUCGCGCCGUCGCCAUUUUGUUUUGUAGUUUCUAUUUGUACCGUUAGGUGGUCACGGAUCAGUGCUAAUCACAUGUUUCGGUAGAAUAAUAAACAAUAGAUAUAUUGUUUAAUUUUUUACAAAUAAUUAUCGAACAGUAUAUUUGUAAUGUUAUUGAAAAUUGUAUUUAUUUACAAAAUAUAAUUAUGGAUGAAAUAGAAUAUAAAUUGGCAUCAAAUAAUCCCAUUCUUAUAACCCAUGGGAUAUCUAAAAUUUUGGAAACUGUUAAAAAUAAAUUAACAAAUAAUGAAAAUGAUGACACUUCUAAGAUUCCAGAAUUAUGGUCUUUAAUUGCAAAAUGCAAAAAUGAAAAUGCUCUUGUAAGUUCAGUAGCAUGUCAAGCAUUAGUAACACUUGUUGAACGAGGCCAUUUGGAAACAUCUUUAGCUUUAUCAAAACUAAUAGCAAUAUUAGGAGAAACAAAAAAUUAUUUAGCAGUUACAACAGCAAUCUGCAAUUUAUUAAUUCUAGAUUUGAAGCAGAGAAAAUCUACAAAUAGAUACACAUGUCCGUUCUCCAUAAAAGCACCUCAACAUCCAUUAAUAACAGUUUUAACUCAAAACACUGAUGCAUGGCGAAAUAUCCUCGGUCAAAUGCAAUCAAUAUUGCAUCACUGCGAACCAGGAUUUGUUUUGCAUCGUGUAGAAUUAUUACGACCCGUGUUUAUGUACAUUUUAUGCAAUCCAAGUAUGAAUCUCUCGGAGAAUUGCAGGCACCAAACCUGGCAUUUAUUAAUUAGAACGCAUGAAACAUUAAACUUACAAUUAGAGAUCAUUCAGUGGUUACGUACAAAUGAUUUAACAUCAUGUAUCAAUACGAACCAUUUGGUCUUGGAAUUAACAGAAUUAUCUUUAGCCACAAAACAUAAAGAAUUAUGUACAUCAUUAGCGCCAUUAACUAUGGCAUUAGCAUUUGAUCUUUUGAAGCACAAUUACGAUCCUAGAUCUAAUAUCCUCAUGAUGGAGAACAUUCUCGAGCAUUCUAACGAUUGCAUCGGAAGCAUCAUGAUAAGCCUACUGUCUGAUAUGUUAUUAAUUACACCAGUAAUUUAUUUGCACGAUAUAAUGCGAUUAGGAGUGUUGAUACUGACUAAAUUAAGCUCUAACGAAGUUAUAGCUCACUCAUUACUGGCAUCAAUUUUGCCUUGGAUGGCUUAUGCUACACCUUUGUCUUCGAACGCUUUAGAUGUCGGCAAAGAAUUGAUUAAACUGAUAACUACUAAAUUAACACCUAAGAAUCAUUCGAAACAAAUUUAUUCUAAUAAAAUAUUCAGUAUAAUAUGCAAUGCUAAUCAAGAUAUUCAAUUUUAUGCAAAUCUUUGUGCAUGUUUAGACGAUUUAGAUGAAAUGAAUAUGAUUUCAUGGCUUGAAAAAUUAUCUGAAAUACCCAACGAUUUCCUUUAUAAUUAUAAAAAUAUUUUAGGAGGAAUUAUUUCAAAAUUUAAAAAUGUUUCAAUUACUUCUCAAGCAUUGAAAUUACUUUUAAAAAUAAUCAAGUUCAAACCAGCAUCUGCAGGAUAUGUGUUAUCAUUAAUUCUCUACAAAUUGUCGAAUAUUGAAGGAAUACAAGAGACAAAAGAGCUUUUAUUUGCACUACCACAAUUAGCCGUGUCAAAAGAAAAUAUUCCAAUCAUAGUACACACUUUUCAUACGUUAUUGAAUUCUGAAAAAUCAUUAAAAUACCUAGCAAUAAAUCUCUAUUUGAAAGCAUGGGUAGUUGAACCUCGUUGUCAUCGGCAUUUGUUCUCAGCAUUGAUAGAAAUGAGCAAAAAUGACAAGACAGUAAUGGCAUCUAUAGCUUGUGCGAAAGCAAUGCAAUUCAUUUGUGAAACUAAACCAGAACAUGGCACUGAAUUGGUACCGUUGUUAUCACAAACAUUAAAUCAUUGUACUGAUACUGCUGGUAGUGCGGCAAGUGCUCUCGCUCUUCGAGGUAUUUCAGCAUUGUGUGUUGCUGGAAUAGCAGAUGUUUGUUCAACGUGGCGAGUGCUUUCACCCAAAAUGAACAAAGAAGUACGACCAAUUGUCAUAAAGAGCAUGUGUAAAUUUUUUGCAGAUAUUCCAUCCAAUGCUACUCAUGCUGAUGAAGAGUAUGAUCAAUUACUAGAGCAGGUGUUGGGAAAAUUAUGGACAUUUGCGUGUUUUGAAACAACUAGAAAUAUUGAAGUAGUUGAAGCUGCUUUUAAAGCUUUAACGGCUUAUAACCUUAGUCAAAUGAAGCUUUCUUUUUUACCAGAAAAAUUUAAAACAAACCUGCAAUUACCACAAAAAUAUGCUCAAGCAUCAACAGAGACGGGGAAAAAGCCUGAAGAAAUAAUGAGUUAUGUUCCAGGAAGUUGUUGGAUCACAAUGCUUGAAACAGUGUAUGAACCUACAAGAUCAAUGGCUGGAGAUUUUUUAAUUAAACAUAUCAGCGAAGAAUUGUAUGGAUUUAAAACAGGAAUAUAUAUGUGGUCCAUGGGUGAACCAAUUAAUUAUAAAUAUCUUUCAGAAAAAAGUCCUAUUCGUGCAGUUGGAGAAUAUCUUCGUCGUUACGAAGCUAUUGAUCAUAUAAACAAACAAAAAAUAAUGCUAGAAUGCUUACGAAUUUUUUCACACAAAUAUCUAAAAGCAUUACCACCCAUUAAAUGGGAGCUUUUGAAUCCAGCAAUUAAUAUGUCAGAUGAAGCUCGAGCUUAUGGAAUAGCUUUAGCAUGUCAUCAAGCAUCAGUUUCACCAUCAGCCAAAGAAUUUUUGAGCAAAUAUAUAUCAAAAAUGACGAAAAAUUGCGCUGAAGUUAAAACAGCAUCAGAAGAAUUCAAGAAGAUCAGGCUUUUAUGCUCACAUCUAGAAGAUAUUUGUCGAGGAGUAAUGUCAAAUGUUUUAGGACCAUUUUUAGAUGUUGUAAUGAAUUGUAUUACUGAAAAAGCAAUUAAUAAUGAUAAGGAUGGAGUAAUGAUCUUUAAUGAAUUAAUGGAACAUUAUGCAAACAUUCUCAAAGAUGAUCUUGUUCAUCAUGACAAUAAGACGUUAAUAACUGACAUUCUGGAGAAAUUAUUAGACCGAAUUCAAGUUGAAAAUGAAAUUUUUCCAGCUUAUGUUAAGCCAAUGCUUGAAAUGUCUAUUGAACAAAUUGAAAGAAUAACUCUACCAAGUGUUUGGACAGAAGUUACGAAUAAUAAGUUGAAAAAAGCUAUUGUUAUUAGAGCUGGACUCGUUCUGAAAAGAGAUAAUGCAAUUCCAUUAAGUUGGAUGGAUGUAAUUCUUUCAGUUUCAUCUUCAAUUCCUGGGAUUCAAACAUUUUUAUUAAGUCAUUUGAAAAGAAUCCAAUCUCAGCUGAGAACCGAUAAGUCAAAUUCUACCUGGAGUCUAGAUUUAAUGUGUAAAAUUCAAACGACAAUUCUUAAUACCAGUGAAGAAUAUUCUACGGAAUCUUUAGCAUUUUUAUGUGAUGUCUUUUUCGUCACCAUAAUUACUUUUGCUUGUGAUGAUUGUUUAUUAGUUGAUGAUGAAAUCAUUGUCACAUCACAUGAUACAAGAGCAAGACUUUUUCCACAUGCAUUAGCAACAAUUAUUGAAAAACCUCAUUGGAUGAAUAAUGCCCUACAGAUAAUGGAAUGGUUAAACUUUAUGAGAACUAGUGUUCUUUCUGAUACGUACAAAAUUGUUUUUCACAACGCUUUAGUAUCUCUAAAAAAAGAGAAAUGUCUAGAUGAAUUAUGGACAAGCUAUAUUUCUAUUAAAAGUCCUAUAAAUUUAUAAGAAAAAUAAUUUAACAAAUAUUUUUAAAAACUGGCUAUAUUUUGAAACAUAUUGUAUAUUGUGCAUCAAGCGAUAAUAUACCGCUCUUUUUUAAUUAA